AUGAAAACCAACAUACCCCCUAAACCAAAACAAAUCAAGAUCAAACAAGAACCACCCUCACAUCCACCAACAUCACCUGCGAAACUCUCAGAGUCCGAAAUCGAAGACUUGUUCAACCAACAAAUGCUUCGGGAGACUAUGGAACACAUUAACGAUGAUUCUGAAGAAGAAGAAGAAAAAGAUGCAAGUAAAGUGGGGGCCGGCUUUUCGAGGCUCACUUCUGAACAUACCCCGCACAAUGAUAUUGAAACAGAUACUGAUCAACCGAGACGUAACCCAGUACAGAAAUGGAAACCUCCGGUCAUAUACGGAUACAAAAUUCAGUAUAACACCACCAUUGCAGAACCAACAAACUAUCACCAAGCGAUCAACAGUCCUGACUCCGGAAAAUGGUAA